AUGGUUGGUUUCCUACAUAGCUCUGGAAAUAAUGGAGAUGAUCUUCAGGAACCUAAAUCACCAACCCGAACCAAUUCAAAUGCCAGCAACAAUGCUCAAACACAGAGGAAGAAGUCGACUUUUCUUUCUCCUACUCAAGUAGCAACCAGUUUGGCAGAUAUGAGCGAAGGAAAGAGAAGAAGUAGUCUUGUUCCAGAAACUCCAGAAAGUAAUAAAUUGAGAAUUGUAUUGAUAGGAGGUGGUGGUUCCGGAAAGACAACCCUCUUUAAACAGAGAAAACUUGUGUUAGGGGGCGGUUUUAGUGAGAGAGAAUAUGAACAAGCAAGACUCAUUGUUCAUACAGAGCUUCUUCAUGUCAUGUACAGUUUGGCAUAUGAAUUGUAUAAUGGCGAUUUUGUGUCAAAUGAAAAUGUAAAACAAAUAGCUCACGAUUUCUUGAAGAUAGUAUCGGAGAAGUGUAAUCAUAACGAACAUGCUCUCAUCAAUUGUAUUGAGCAUAUUAUUGAAAAAUCUCAACUUUGGAAAACAUUCUUUACGAAGGAAAUAUUCAAGCAAGUUAUGGAAUUUAAUCCGAAAUUUUCAUCACUUUUUAAUUUUUCUGUGGAUCCUUACUUUUCAGAAUAUGAUAGAGUAAUGCAUAUGGAUUUCAAACCUCUCGAAAAAGAUCAUAUAGUAUUUCAGAAAAAGACAACAGGUAUUGUCGAGUCAAGUUUCGAAUAUAUGAAUUCUUUCAUUGUUCAUCUAUCUAUUACCUUUAGAUUCGACUCUGGAGGACAAAGAAAUGAACGUAAAAAGUGGCCAAACAUGUUCUCUCAACCAGUUGAUAGCGUUUGGUUUGUUGGUUCUCUAUCCGAUUUCACCAAGAUGUGUUACGAAAACAAUACUCUUAAUCGUUUCGAGGACUCCCUGGCAGUAUUCAGUGAUUGGAUUGAUUCUAAUACUACAAAGAAUAUUAGAGAUUUUAGACUUAUUCUAACUCAUGCUGAUGAGCUUGAAGAAAUGCAUAUUAGCCCAGAAACUAUCUCAUUCCUCAAGUCAAAUCUUAUUCCACACGGAAAUGCCAAGGAGAUUAUCGAUGGCAUCACUGCCAAGUAUCAACUCUUAGAUAAGAAUAACAGGUUGACCCAAGUUUCUGUGAUUAAUUGUACUGAUACAGAACAAAUUAGAGACUAUUUAACCACAACUCUAAAUAGUAUUAUUGAUGGCAGAUAA